AAUCUAAUAUGCUUACUGGCAAAGAAGAAUCGCCUUUAUUGCUUUUGAGAGUAAUGCACUUAACAAAAAGUCUAGUCCAAUCGAGGAAAUCAAGAAAGCAAGGAAUUACCAAAGUAUUUAAGGAGCACCUUCACUGACACCUAUUAAUUGUAGGAACCAGUCAAAGAGAAAAGAGGCAAAAAGAUCUUGCCUUAGUAUGCAUUUGGGAACUCUUUGGAAUCGCCAUCCUUUUUCAGAACUCCAAAUACAUUGAUUUGCAAAGAAAGCUAUGACAAUCCAUUUAUUAAGGGACAGCAGAAACCAAAGAGCAAAUGGGAAUCCCUACGCAGCAAUACAUUGAAUAAUUACGAUUUCUACAAUAUUUCAGAAUAGAAGUUUAGUAAUAUGCCUGCGGAAGGAUUUAAUAAUGUAAGAUUAGUGAAGUAGAAAUGUUAUUAAUAUUAAAGUACAGUUACAAACCAGAUAAAUUUUGUUAAGACACCCAAAGUGAAGACUCAAGAUUAUACCUUCUAGUAAGCAUAUAGAACACUGUAGAAGACAAGUCAUUUCAGACGUAAACAUGGUGAGACAUUAACAUUGAUAAAAUGAUAGAAUUGUUUACAGAUUUUAUGGAAAAAAAUGAUAACCAAAAUGUUUAUGGACAUUUAAAUGAUCGUCAAAGACCAAAAGGACAUUUAAGAGAUGUUAAGAACUUUAGUUUGGCACCUCAAGAAAUGAAGCUACAACACAAAUACACCUUUAAUUCAAUGAUUACAAGUCCAAAAUUUAAGACUGGCCGAAAGGAGGAGUUUCCGAGGGUCAAUAGGGCGGAUGAAAAGGUCGAGAAGUAUUUAAAAAGGGAUUAGAAGUAAAGUUUGAUUUAUGCUCUUUAAGUUUUCUUAAUUCUCUAAGCAAUUCGAUUAUUGUCACUAAUAUAGACAAUAGGAUGAAGGGGAAGAAGCAAGAUAGAUACAAGUACAUAAGAUGUGAUUUUAAGUGCGGAUCCUGUGGCUGAAGAUUAUUAAGAGAACGAGAU